GCAUGCGUGCAUGUCAUUGUGAAUGUUUGUCAUGCUAUGGUUUUCCUCUGCUGAUUAAUGCUUGAUUUGAGCUGUGGACGUUUGGAAGCGUUUGACUGAGCAGGAGGACUUUGAAGAACCAGGAGCUGAGAGACGAGUUGGUCCCCUUUAGAAGAGUACCCAAGACUGGACUGUGGAUCUGGUAUGAGAGGUCUAUGGUCCAGAUUUAAACUGAGACCAUGAAGGGCUUAGAGCUGCUGCUUUUGCCUCUGCUGCUUUUACUGAAAGAUGCAAGCGCUCAGUGGAAUGUGUGGAUGCCCAGAGACAUUUCAGCCAUGACAAACUCCUGCGUGGUUAUACCAUGUUCAUUCACAUACCCCUCUGGCAUCAGGCCUUACAGGGGGGUUCAUGGGAUCUGGUAUUUCGGCCACCCCUACCCUCAGCUUUUUCCUCCAGUGGUGCUUAAAUCGCGCACAGAUAUUGUUCACGAAAGUUACAAGGGACGGACCAAGCUUCUGGGCGACCUGACGCAAAAAAACUGCACACUGCUGAUAAGUAACAUUGGCGUGGAACAUUCUGGAAAGUAUUACUUCAGGGCAGAUCUUGGUGGAGCGAAUAUCUACACUUUUCCUGACUUCACAAAACUACAGGUGUUGGAUCAGCCCAACAUUGAUGUUCCUGAAGAGAUUGUAAGUGAUCAAAGCCUGGAUUUGACCUGUUAUGUCCCAGACAAUUGUCCAGACAUGAGCCCAGAAAUCCACUGGAUGUACACGGAUUACCUGCCCGACCCAGUUUUCACCCCUGACCAAGUUGAGGAAGGCAACACUGCGGUACUGUCCAGCACCCUCACUUUCACACCCAAACCCAUGCACAAUGGCCAAUUACUGGGUUGCCGGGUCAACUUCCCAAACACCACCUACGUCUACGAACGCCUCAUUACCCUGGACAUCAGAUACGCCCCUCGAACUGUGUGGGUAAACGUAUCUCAAGAGGUGAUGGAGGGAAGCUCGGUGGUGCUGCAUUGUGAUGUAGACAGUAAUCCUGCCCCUAUGAUAACAUGGUAUUUUGGAGACAAAGAGCUGAUGUCGGAAACCGCCUCAAAUUCUUCACUGUCACUGGAAAAUCUAACACCAGAGCAGGAAGGUGUCUAUACCUGCGUUGGUGACAAUGGAUACGGCAACAUGAACACGUCCAUGUAUCUGGCAGUAAAUUAUCCUCCACGGGAGCCAUGGAUCAAUGAGUCUCUGACGGUGUUGGAGGGAUCCUCAGUUUCCCUACAGUGCACCAGCAAAGGUAACCCAAUGCCCACAUUGACUUGGCUGAAGGAUGGGGAGCUGGUGGGAACCAUCACAGCAGAGGAGGGAUCUGUGCUGGAGUUACAUGAGAUCAUGCCACAGGCUGAUGGAGUCUACCGGUGCCUAGCUGAAAAUGAGCAUGGACGGGCCAGCAGUUCACUUAACAUCACAGUAGAAUUUGCUCCAGUCCUCCUUGAUGACUCUAAGUGUACUAUAGUCCGUGAGGGUGUUCAGUGUGUGUGCAUUGCCUCUGGAAACCCAGAACCUGCGAUUGAAUUCUACCUUCCUGACCUCAACGUCACCAUCAACAACUCCAACAACCGUUUCAACUACUACACGCACUCAGAUGGGUACACAUCCACAGGGGUCAUCAAGCUACAAGACAAGGGUGAAAGGGGGAACAAUGGCGAUACCGCUGUCCAUGUGCACUGCAGUAUCACCAACAUAUACGGCUCUGAAACCAUCCGAUUGGAACUGCAGCAGGAGAAGAAGUACAUGAUGGCCGUCAUUGUGGGGACUAUCGGAGGUGUAGCGGUCAUCGCUUUCAUCAUUGCAGCUGUGAGAUACGUCGGUCAGAAUAAUAAAAAAGAGAAUGGUAAUCCUGGGCAGGACGUGGGAUCUAAAGUGGAGAAUCCCUCAAUGUUCUACAGCGCAGUCAAGAAGGACAAACAGAGUCUCAGGAAAAAAGUGCUUAAGACUGAGCUCCUGGGCUCAAAGUUUAACUCCAUCCUAGAGGAAGGCACGGGAGACGACAGCGAUUACCAAUCUGUGGGCCCAAUGGCAGGCAUGGAGAGGCAAGAGCUGAAUUACGCUGCCCUAGAGUUUCUCCAUGGACGACACCGAGAGGGAGUUUUCAGGAGGGCUGAUGGUGACGGCAGUGACUAUACUGAAAUUAAAGCUAAAUGAACCGCGAUUCUUCCCUAAUGCCUCGGCCAAACGGGACGCAGUGGCCACUAGUGUCCAAUCAUUCCCUCUGCCCCACAAUUUACUAUUAAAAAUGAUUAAAUUUGGCCUUUUUUGCGGAGAAUCAUCCUAAAACAGCUAGAGGAUGAUUUUAGAGUUCGAGGUUGCGCUCCCUUGCAUCUUCAAGCUUCCAGGAAUGAUAUUUUAGCCUAAAAUAUAUAUUUUUCCGAUAUAUUUGUGUCUUUGAUUACUUUCCCCCAUUAUAAACCAUAUCAGAUAGUUCUCCUAAUCAGAAAUGAGUUCUGGUUGAGAGAGUGUUCUGGUUUAAAUGACAAGAGCUUAAGGCUUGAAGCAAGGGAUGGGGUAUAUGCACACAGACUUUUCAUUUUCAGUCAGCCAGCCCAAGCGCUUUCGGUGAACUGUCAUCCCAUACAAAAUCGCAGCAUUUAAGAUGUGGUUGCUUUAAAAAUAAGUGAUCUUCGCUGCCUGAUUAAUAGACCACCAGCACAGCACAGCAUGUUUUGGAUGUCUCCUUUGUCUGUCACAACCAUUACAGGUCUCUCAGUCUCUGCUAAUGAGCUGGUGAUCUGAAUCAGGUGUGUUUGGUGAUGGAGACAUGGAAAAUGUGCAGAGCUGGUGGUCCUCCAGGAACGUGGUUGAGAAACACUGAUAUACGAUAUAAAUUGGGUAUCAGACCAGACAAGAAGCACUGAAUUAAAUUCAAACACCCCAGUAUUUUCAAUGAAGUUUCUGCUGCUCCUGACGGCGCUAAUGUUUACACGGUCUUUCAUCUUGUUUUACUCUUGAACAACUUAAUGAAUGCUUAAGUCUCUUUAACUGAUUGUAUUUAAAUGACAUUACAACAUCGAUGCUGUAAAAGGAACCUUAUGAAAUUGAAAAUAGUCACAUAAACCUUUCACCAGAGGUUAAAAAACACAAGUUGUGCAUAUACCCCAUUGGUAUGGUUUGAGUCUCAGUCACUAGUGGUCCUUUUCACUGUGUCCGCUGUAAGUCGAAGCAUCAGGGAACGAGGUGCUAUGGGCGCCUCGACAUACAGUUUAAGCACUAUCCCCAACUCUGGGUUUGUCCGGGAGGAUUAACACUCUCAAAUACAGGUCUUUUCUGAGUCUACAUGUACACUGUUACAUUAUCACACACCCAGAAGUGAUUGUUAAAGGGUUAGUUUGCCCAAAACAAUGAAAAUUCUGUGGUUAUUCACUCAGUUUGUUCCAAGUGCGUUUUGGAAGAAUUUAAUUCCUCCCAUACACGAGAGGACAUGUUGAACAAGUGUUUAAAAGGAACAAAAUGAAACACAUUGUGCACUAUAUACAGGGUUCAUACACAUUUUUACAACUAAAAUUCCGUGACUUUUUCAUAAAUUUUCAUGACCGUUUUAUGCAAUGUCUAGGCCCACACGGAAUCUGCGCGCGCAGAAUUCUGCAGAUUUUCAGCAGAUUUCUGCAGGUUUUU